AUGUUGCCGUUUAUGUCUAUGGGUCUCUUCUGGAAGCUCUUCCCUGCAUUCGGGCGAGACAAAUGCAGGUGCUACUUCCAGUACAUUGGAGCGUCCUUCGCCUGGGGGACAGCUUUUGUGUGUUUGGCUGGAACCAAGGACUACUCGGAACGAUUUACAAAGCCCAGCUUCUUGUACAAAAGGCACUUGAACAAGCUCCUCCAGAAUGGCAAAAUCGACCAAGAAAGGCACAACCUCCUCCUCACCGGUGCGGUCCACUAA